AUGUUCAUUUAUUUUUCUUGAGAACAAACCAAACGCGCAAAUGGCGAAUGCUGUUGCGGCCGGGGUCUCCGCCCAGAGCUGCCACAACGUUCUCAAGCCUUCUCCCUUUCUCACUCCCGUAAUCCUCUCCGCAUACGCCGCUUCUCGGUAUAAGAAUGUGAUCGGAGAAAGAGUUUCCCAGACCUUCAAGUCUUAUAAACCCUCACUUGUAGCGUGCAAUUCAAGUGUUUCAGAUUAUCCCAUUCUGUCAAUUAGCAGAAGUUCACAGGGAUCUCAAAAAGAUCACGCAUUGUCUACAGGAGUUCCAGGCUCCCAAGUUUCUUCAACAUCUAGCCCCUUUAUAGGUGGGGACCAAGGCGUGGUGUCACAUACAAACCUCAUUUUACCAAGGCAUCGCAUAUCUCCAACGCUUCCCAGAGCAGCAGCUAGGGAUGUAUUUGGUUUUCGCUUACCUGUUAUAACUGAGAAGCCAGAAUGGUGGUGGAGGACUUUAGCAUGUAUACCCUACUUAAUAGCUUUGCAGAUAUCUGAUGUUGGGUUUUAUCUCCAACCCUUCUCAGAACACUACGAGCUUUUCGAAAAUUUGAUUUAUUUUGUUCCAGGAGCCAUUUCAAGGUUGCCAAGCUGGUUCACGUUGGUAUAUUGCUAUUUUGCCUAUAUUGGAAUUGUGAAGAAUAAGGAUUGGCCUCACUUCUUCAGAUUUCACUUGAUGAUGGGCAUGUUGUUGGAAACUUCCCUACAGAUAGUCUGGUAUACAUGCAAUUUUAUGCCACUUAUACACUACAAUGGUAGGUUUGGGAUGCACUUCUGGGCAGGUGUCGGCUUCACUUUCAUUACUGUCUUGUUGCAGUGCAUUAGAUGUGCUCUUGCUGGGUCGUAUGUCCAGUUACCUUUAAUUAGCGAUGCUGCAUUUAUUCAUACGUUAUUCAAUAUAGGAGGUUACCACAGGCCUUUCUAAGAAAUUUUUGUACUGAUUGGCGGUUCUGGAUUUUGGGGAAGGGCUACUCCUCUUGUGUAGUCCACUUGCCUAUUUCAACACGGGAAGAAGAUUAUGUUUGAGUCUAUGAAUGAAGGGUGUAAUAGUUACUCAUCUUAGAAACUAUUUUAGAAUCAAAAGCCUAUUGUGUGUUAUUUAUUUUAAGAAUUCAAAUAUAUUGUAGAAUA